UAGCAGCCAGUACUACAACGCUAACGAGCUUUGCCGUUAAAUGUUAAUCAAAAUGCGAUAGUAGGCAGGGUGAUUAAGAGUAUCUAAAAUCAAGGAAUUUUCAUCUGCUCCUCGUUCUAUUAGAAUAACCAAGCAAAUGCAAUUGACAAAUUACAUGCGUUCCGAUUUCGAGUGGGAUCCAUAGAAAGGCCAACGACUUCGCUUAUCAAAAAUAAAGGACGCGCUUCAUCUUUUAUCUAUUCCUUGGUCAGACCGAGACCGGACAGAGAGCGUAUCGUUUGGAUGUAGUUCCUCCGCCGACGCCGACUUAUCCUCGGAUGCUGUCUUUUUCAUAGUAUCGUCGCUAUCAGUGCAUUAUUUUUAUCAGUUCAAGUUUGACACUGCACGCGGGAUUAAAAUGUUAGUUAAAUUAUCCAUAGUGUUGAUUUUGAGUAUAGAAAUAUGUAGAGCUUGCGAUACAGGACAAACUAAACAAGGGUGUUUAAUAAGGAACCUGGUCUGCUCCUGUGGAUAUGGAUGUGCGUCAGAUUAUAGGUACGACACAUAUCAGGAAUGCCAAAGCGCAUUAAGAGGUAAAAAGAGGGACAUUUGCAAAACAAAUAACCCAUGCAUGCACAACAGUACCUGUAUACAAAUUUCUCAACAGCCAGGAUAUAAAUGCAGGUGUGAGGGUACAGGAUUCUUUGGAUUACGAUGUAGUCGAGCGUGCCCGGUUCCAGGUGGCGGCAAGGUAGGAACAGUAUUUCCCUACGAGUGUAUAGUAAUAUGACGUCUGCUACCGAACUUACCUUUAAGUGUAAUCUUACAAAAUAAACUCUAUUAAUAGUAUCACUUA